UGGCGCGCGGGACGGCUUGCAGCGGAGGCGGCUAAGUGCGCCCCCUUCUCCCCCUCCCCUCUUGACUGGCCACCUGGCCCCUCCUCCUUCAUUCAUCUCCGGCUGCCGGUGCCUUAUCCCCCGUCCUGGCCUGCGGUUGGUCUCCUUGGCUUCACAGCCAAUAGCGGCGAAGGUUGCGCAGGAGCCGCCGCCGCCGCCCGCUUUUGUUGGGCUGAGGAGAACGCGAGGGGUUCGGCCGCGCACCGGGAGGGGUGAGUGGACUGGCCGCCGGUGGCCGCCGGGGAGGCGGCUCGGAGGGAUUGAGCGAGGCUCUUCUGAAGAUGUGGCAGCUUGGCACCGGAUCCCUGUUCUUUCCCAUCCUUCUCGGACUGGUGGCAGUGUCUGCUGCUCCUGCUCCCGACAACACUGAUGAAGACGAGCAGCCCAGGGAGGAGGUUCUUCUGAGCUUUCCCAGAGAUGAAGCCAGUCUGAAUGAAAUGUUCCGUGAAGUAGAAGAGCUGAUGGAAGAUACUCAGUACAAGCUAAGGAAUGCCGUCAAAGAGAUGGAGGCAGAGGAAGAAGGUGUCAGAAGACUAACAGGAGUUGAUUUUGAGAAACUUCCUGCCAAUUACCACAAUGAAACCUCUAUAGAUACAAAAAGUGGAAAUAAAACCAUACAUAGCCACCAAGAAAUUGAUAAGGCAACGGAUAACAAAACGGGAUCUACCAGCUAUUCUGAAACAAUUAUUACAUCAAUACAAGAAGACGGGAGCAAGAGGAAUCAC